GAACGACGUCACGCUCAAAAUAAGGAAGAAGGUUUAAUUUGAGCAAAGUGCGACGAAGACGAGAAGUCGACGACUUUUAAUGGGAGAACCUGUACCGAGGCUCAGUGACGUCCUUCUGACUGGAUCUCGGGUCAGAACAUGGUCCAGCUGCUGCUCUGCUCUCUGGACCAGCUCAUGGAUUCUGGUUUCGGUCGACCUUUCCCUCGACAUGGACUCCAGCUGCUCUUCUGGUUCGCCAACGACUGCGUCACCUGCGAGCCCGUUAAUGUCAUGAAGCUGGCGUCCGACUGUCAGCCGGAGAAAGGUUUCUACGGCUUCCACGUGUUCGGCAACGUGGAGGAGCUUCUGCCGGUGCUGCGCUCCACCAAGAGACGCAAGAACAAGAGGAAGGUUUCCUACUUCGAGGUGGGGAACCUGAACACCGAAACCUACCCGGCGUCCGCAGACCUUCCUGUGUAUGUCAGGGAGAAUUAUGGGCUGGACGGUAACUACGGCGACCACAACAGCGACCGCAUCAUCAUCAGCUACCAGGCGAGGAGCCGGGUGGUGGAGGCGGUUUACGUCACCGAGCACGACGACAACGCCUUCGGGAGGUUCAGAGCCGACCGGACCUUCGAGAUCAGCUGCAGUCUGAUCCGGGUCCUGCAAAACCAGCAGCUGGACGUCUCCUCCCUCCUCGCCCACACCGGUUACUAUGACGACAUGCAGGAGACGCAGCCUGGCCUGGAGCCGUCGGUUCAGGAGGUGUUCGACAUGAUGCAGGCGCUCAGCAGAGACCGGUUCUUCACAGGAGACUUGGACCGCUUCAUGGAGCCGUUCAGCUUCGACCAGCAGUGGACCUUCGUCACGACACCGAGCAGCAGCAGCACGGCCGUGGCCCGGUGCGGCCAGGUGAAGCCCAAGAAGCCCAAAACCAAAAAGAAGCCCCGAGGAGUGAGGAGGAGCGACUGGGAGCCCAACUGGGAGCCCAGCUGGGAACCCAGCUGGGAGCAGCGAUACCGAGAAGAACCUGAGAAGAAGAAACGAGGAGGAGGAGGAGGAGGAGGAGGCCUGGGCCUGCUCAGGAUGCUCCUGGGAGUCGGGGCUCUGUACCUGGCGUUCAGGUGCUUCGGCUGGUGGCGGAGGAUCUGCUGGGAGGCCGACUGGAUGAAGAACGGCCUCAGCAUGAUGCCGUGGAGGGUUCAGAGUCGGUCGCCGGUGCACGUCAUGCUGGACUACGUGUACUAGACCGUCAUAUGUGUGUCACAGGUCAUACGUCGCACUUCUGAUCCUCUGAAACACACAUGAAACUGUCAGAAGUUCUCCAUCAGUUUUCCACACUGGAAAGUAUUUAAAUGAUGAUCUUCUAAAGAUCUUGAAGGUGAUUCAAUCCGCCGACGCUCCACCGUCGCCGGCCAUCCUCCGUCUCACUGGUUUUUAUUUAACGUGGUGAAUGCUGACUGAGCGGAUCAGUUUUACAGUUAAAUGUUCUUAAAGAAGGUGAGUUGUGUUGGUUUUUGCAUCGUUUUAAGAGCAGCUGGAGUCCUGAUAUUUUAUCUUCUCAUUGAUCUGAACAUCUGGUCUUCAAUGGUUCAACCUGGCUUCCAUCCAUCCAUCCAUCUACCCACCCUGAGCCUAUCUUAGCUGACUCAGGGUGAAGGCAGGUU